AUGUCCAAAUCAUUUGAAAUUGAUGUCAAUGAAAGAAACUGGAAAAACCUUGAAGAUUUAGUCACUCCAUGGGGAAUAAACAAGCCUGAAAAAUACUGUUUCAAAAACACUAAUUUGAUCGACGUCGUUGAUGGCCAGGUAAGAAAAAAUGCAUAUGUUUAUACGGAAGGUGGAGUUAUAUCAAAUAUCGUUUAUUCCGACGCUUCCGACGUCGAAACGGCAGGCUACAGAGUUAUAGAUGGUACUGGCAAGUAUUUGAUGCCAGGGCUUUUCGACAACCAUGUCCACGUCACAUCUGUUCCCGGAGAGACAGAUCUCGUGCGUACUCUGGAUACUGCAAAAAGUACUGCUCUAAUGAGGGUCAGAUACAACCUGGAAAAUGCUCUCAAGAGAGGAUUUACUACUCUGAGAGAUUGCGGUGGUGCUGAAAGUUACAUUAAGAAAGCCGUAGAGGAAGGAAGUGUCAAAGGACCUCGUUUGAUUACCUGUGGUCAUGCAAUUUCGCAAACUGGUGGCCACGGUGAUAUGCGUAGAAACGACAUGCCCGGCGAGGCACUGGACGACUGCGAGUGUCAUAUCAAUAACUUGGGAAUCGUUGCUGAUGGCGUUCCAGAGUGCUACAAAGUGACCAGAGAAGAGUUUCGGAGAGGCGCUGAUUUUAUUAAAAUCAUGGCCGGUGGAGGUGUAGCUUCCCCGACUGACAAGAUCACUAACUUGCAGUUUUGUAAAGAUGAAAUUAGUGCUAUUGUUGCAGUUGCGGACACUUACCACUCUUAUGUGACUGCUCAUGCAUAUACGCCUGAAGCUAUCAACAACUGUAUCAAUCUGGGAGUGAAAGGCAUUGAGCAUGGCAAUCUUUUAGACGAUGACACAGCGAAGCGUAUGUCUGAACUGGGCUGCUACUUAACCCCGACUCUAGUUACUUACAAAAUACUAGCCUCGGACCAAUUCGGAUCAUUCCUGAAUAAAGACAACGCUGAAAAGAAUUUAAGCGUUUUAAGGCAUGGCUUGGAGGCUCUAUCAAUUGCCAAGAGACACAAUGUCAAAAUCUGUUAUGGUUCAGACCUACUAGGGUCUCUCAAUGGUUACCAAACUCAAGAGUUCUUCAUCAGAAAUAAAGUGCUUUCUACGCAAGAAAUACUUCUGUCCGCUACCGUUACCCCGUGUGAGAUGAAUGGGAUGGCAGACAAGCUGGGCCAGAUCAAGCCCGGGUUCAUUGCCGAUAUACUUCUCAUGAAUGGAAAUCCACUGGACGACAUUUACGUUUUAGAUGAACCAGAAACAAACUUGAUUGUUGUGAUGAAGGAUGGCUGUAUAUACCCAUAA